AUGACUCCAGCACUUCCAACAAAUCCCACAGCUCAACAAACAAUCGAGCCGGACGAUUUCUCGCUUCCGGUUGAGGCACUCUCACGCCUUUUCUGUAGCAACGCGAUACACUAUUCGUAUUCCUUCAAUCCUCGCCUCACAGAAGACGUGACACAUGCUGCUUGGAAUGUCGUCGUCAAUCUCUGGCGUAACAAUCGGCCCCUCCUAUUCCCCACACCUCAGUUAUACAUCUACAAGACCAAACAGCAACAGUUAGAGGAGGACGAUCCAAAUGCCUCAUUGGAUACAGUCGCAGACAGCACAAGUCAAGGUGUCGUAGUGGACUACUGUAUUCUUAUGCCGGCUAUCACGUGGUACCAGGGCCAAGCGCCGACUGACGAAGAACUAAAGGCCAUUAAUCUUGAUUUCCUUUCCCUGGGAUACGUCUCAAGCCUCUGCGCCCCGCUUCUUGUCGAACUCAAGAGACCGGUUACCCGAAGUGCCGACAAUAUUUUGGAGUACAUCGCCGACCUCGGAUGCAAGAUUGGCAGCGCCGGACAACAGGUUCUCCUACAAAGCCAGUGUCUUUUCUCAUCUGCAAAAUAUGCGGACCAGCAAUGGGCAAUCCUGGUAGCAGGAGCUGGGGGUUGGUGGAUGUGUAAGAUUGUUACCCAACAGGAUAUCGAACACAUGUUUGACAUCAGCGAAUACGGGGAUCUCCUGAAGCAACUCAAGAGAGAAGACAUAAUUUCACGUGAAACAGAGGAAAGAAAGGACAAGAAGAGGAAGGGUACAGCUAAAGUGGCAGACCCGGACGAGCUCUUCACACCGGCGGAAGUUCUUUCGAUGAAGAGCGCGAUGAAAUCAUGCACAGACUAUUUCACAAACGAAGCCACGCUAGAAAAGGACAAAGUGCACCCAGGUUAUUUCACACAACAGGCCAGGGAAGCACAGGCUAAAAAGCGUGCGCAGAGCGACAAGGCACGGGAUAUACGAUGUGCGAGCCGGGCCGAUAGAAAACAAGAUAGACUUGCAGCAUGUGUCGCAUUGGAGACCUAUAUGCAAGACCUGGGGUCGAAGAGGUUUUAUUCGGAGGAAGAAGUAAAAUGGGCUCUGAAACUCCGGAAUGGCUGCCAUAACCAUAAGCCCUCAGCACUUGGAAAGAAAGUCUGGGCAGACGCCCAGAGCGUCAAGAUUCCCGUUGACGACCCUACCGAGUUUCCUUGGGACCAGGUACGCAACAGGCUCAGGAGUGAUUGGACUCCCCCCAUGCGAAUUGCAAGUCCUGUCUCGAAUCGAUAUUUCGCCGUCAUCCGAAAGCUUUUGACGGAAGAUCCCACCGCCCCAUUGAACUUGACCGUGACGUAG